CGGACGAUUGACUUCCCGUUUCCUGCACAGCAGAGCAAAGAGCAAACACAGAAACCUAAAACCCUGUGGCUGGGCACCAGAAGGAGCUUAAACCCCGACAGCCAAAACUCGAAUAUGAAGUGAUCCAAAAUCGGGCUGUUGAAAAAGCUUCCAUUCUCUAUCAUCAGUUUCAUGGUCAAGGCCGAAAAAUGUUGGCUUCAAGGAUUCUUCGAAGCCAUUGCUUCAGAACCCACCUCUCCUCCAAUAAUCCCUCCAGAACCAUAGUACUGGCGUUGAAUGAUGUUAGUUCUUCGAGUAUUAGUUCUACUCCAGAUAGUCUUCGGCCUCCUCCGCCGUUGAAUUGCUCUGCUUUCGGCAGCGGAUGGUGCCGCGGGAUGUCGACUUCCAAAGGGAGGAGCAUGAGAAGCAAAGUGGAGAGUAGGAUGAGGAAAGAGUCCGGUAAAACGAUGAGGGAGAUUAGGAGAGCUAAGAAAUUGAAGAAGAAGCUUAUGACUGAUGAAGAGAGGCUUAUUUACAAUCUCAAAAGAGCUAAGAAGAAAGUGGCAUUGCUCCUCCAAAAGCUGAAGAAAUACGAGCUACCCGAGUUGCCCCCAUCGGUGCAUGAUCCCGAGCUAUUCACACCGGAGCAGCUUCAGUCGUACAAGAAGAUAGGCUUCAAGAACAAGAACUAUGUCCCUGUCGGUGUUCGUGGAGUGUUUGGAGGAGUGGUGCAGAAUAUGCACAUGCACUGGAAGUUUCAUGAGACUGUGCAGGUGUGUUGUGACAACUUUCCAAAGGAAAAGAUCAAAGAGAUGGCCACCAUGAUAGCAAGGCUUAGCGGCGGUAUUGUGGUGAAUAUACAUAAUGUGAAGACGAUUAUCAUGUUCCGUGGCAGGAACUAUCGACAACCCAAGAACUUGAUUCCCUUUAAUACUUUGACAAAGAGGAAGGCAUUAUUCAAGGCAAGAUUUGAGCAAGCACUAGAAUCACAGAAGCUAAAUAUCAAGAAGAUAGAGCAACAGCUUCGACGGAUGGGUGUAAAUCCCGAGGAUCCAGUGGCCAUGGCUAGCAUCCAGAGAGUAGCUUCCACGUUUUUCAAUGCAAUUGACAGCAAAGAAGGAAGUCCAUAUGUAUUCAAAGGCGACGAACUCUCAUCACCACAGCCUGCUGAUGAUGAUGCGGAGCAUUCAGAUCAAGGAGCCGAUAGUGAUCAGGAGGAGCUGAACCGCUUUAUAUCUGAGAUAGAGGAUGCUGCAGACAGAGAAUGGGCUGCUGAAGAAGCAGCUGAGCAAGAAGAGUUUGGCAGGAUUAGGUAUAGGAACAAAGAUGAAAAUGGCGGGAGGCUAAGAUUUGAGAAUAAAGAAGCUUAUGAGGAGGCUGUCAGACAAGGGAAGGUUUGGCGUGACCCACGUGAUGAUCGCAGGAGUGCUGGGAGAGAUGAUGAUGGUGACGAGAGGGAUGGAAUCUCAGAUGAAGAGGAUGAGUGGGAUUCUGACGAUGAUCCCCGAGAUACUAAUGAUCAUGUUAUAGGUAGAUCACAGAAAAUGAACCAAGAUAGGGGUAGAAGUAUGAGGUAUAGUAACAACGACCGUGUUGAUAGAAGACCUUCUACAACUAAAUUCAACAGGAAGGAAGUUGAAGAAAGAGAAGAGGAUGAGUGGGACUCUGAUGAUGAUUCUCGUGAUACUAAUGGUCGUGUUAUAGCUAGAUCACAGACAAGAAACCAACAUAGGGAUACAAGUACGAGGUAUAAUAACAGCGAUCAUUUUGAUAGAAGACCUGCUGCGAAUAAGUUCAAUAGGAAGGAAGUCGAAGUAAAAGAAGAAGAUUCUGAAUCUGACGACAUGCUGAGUGAUCUCGACAAUGCGAUGUGGAAUUCAGACGAAGAAGAAGGUGAAAUUGGGGCAUCGAAGAAGAAAGUGCCUCCAGGCCGCAGUUUUAGAAGCAGCAGUAGUGGAGAAGAGGAUGAUGAAGAGGAUUCUCGUGGCAAGUUGAGAACAGCUCGAGGUGCAAGAGUGAGUCAAGGAAGAUUCAGCACAAGGACAAGUGAGUCCCGAGCAAGUUGCAGAAGGGAACCAGCUGCUGAUGGAGAUUCUGGUUCAGAAGAUGUGGGCUUCCCAAUGUGGCAAUCGGACUCUGACGAUGAACUCAAUCCAAAUGAAGGCAGCAAACUCGGCUUCAAUCACACGGAUGAAACUAAGGAGCAUGGGAAGCAAGGAGGGAAGAAGGUGAAGACGGUGAAAGAAAUGGACGAACUUUGGGACAGUGACUGAGUCAUCUGCAGCAAUUCCAAGCUAUUGAUUUAGUAGCCAGAAGCAACCAAACCCCUCCUCGCCAUUCUGUGGCAGAACAUAUUGUGAUUCAUUGUUAUUGUUAAAAAGCUGUAAUCUUGUCCGUUGAUUCAAAUCGAAGUCGUACCAUGUCAGAUUAGCAGCAGCAGCAGAAAGCUGCCUUCUUGAUAUGAUCCUAAAUGGACAACUCUACACACUUUUAUUACUUGACAAAGAAGCUAUCGAAGUUGGGAAGAAGAAGGGCAGAAUUUGGCUAAGUCAAAAUCCGUGUUCAGGGUACAUACUUUGGAGGCAUGGUUCUCUCAAUUGGCUUAGUGGAAAUUCAAUGUUAAGGGUUUGUAUUGCAGAUAAAGUUUUCAUCUUUCCAAUGGUAUGCUUUGUGGAUCCAGAUGAUGUCAUUAAGGUUGUUUUCCAAGGCCUCAAAGUUGCUACCUCAAAACUGGAAAACUGCCAGAAUUUGGUUAAGGCAGAAACUGUGUUCAAGAAGCCUACUUUGGAGCUCCAUUCCAGAAGCAUGGAUGGGAUUCGAGUCCAGAGGCUUAAACCACAUGAAAGUAGGUAUGUUCUACUACAAAGACAUGGCAUUGGAUGAUUGGAAGCUUACUUGGAAGGCUUUGAUCGAGAGGCUCAAAGAUGGCAUCAAAGCUGUUUGGUUACUUGGAGCUAAAGGAAGAUUUCUUUUUCUUGUUUAGUUAGGAUUUCAUUGUUUUGGUAGUUUUUUUUAUUCCUUUUCGUAUUAGACUGUAAUUAGGAGUUUAUGGGACGUGUGUAACCCUAGCUAGGCCUAUUUAAGCUUUCUAUUUCAUUGUAAAACUCAGAGUUGAUUGAAUUGAAUACAAACCGAGUGUUUGGAGUUCUUGAGUAGCGUCUCGAGAGUUUACCCAUUGUCGUUAGCUACGAGUGGAUUCCUUAGCUAAUUACAAGACCCUUGUGAAGCUAUUCUGAGUGGAUUCCAGAAUCGUUUAGCAAGUUCUCUUAUCAAUCGAUUAAUCACCUCGAUUGUGGCGAGAAAUUCUACCUAUCCGUUUUAUCUUUCGUUGAAGAGUUUUGGCUGCGUAUUCUGAUCAAACAAAGCACCCCCCUGGUGCUUUAUCACUUCUGCAACAGUUUUGUAUACCCCCAGGCCCCAUGAUUGAAAAUAGACGCAUAUUAUGUUGACGGAUCACUUAUUAUUGCUCGUUCCAUGGGUCUGAUACCACUUCCGUAUGAGUUCAAUGUGUCAACCUUCUCGACUAUGGCCUCAUAUGAUCUGAAACGACCUAAAUGACACUCUUCUGUGGGAAUAUUCAUGCUCUAGUCAGUCAACCAUUCACCACUCACCAUCUAGCAAGAGAAGUUAAGGAAUUCACGCGUCCAAAAAGUAAUAGGAGAAGAGACUAGUUAAAAAAACAAAAAACAUAUCAAGAACGAAGUCUUGUAUGUGUGGUAGACUUUUCCAAGUCAAUCUUCCAUCCCCAUCCCACUGAUUAUCUUGGCAUUAACUGAGAAAACAUACGCGGCAUUUCAUGACCAUGACAUUGUCUUAAUUCUUUUGAUUAUCAAUAUUAGAGUGAUUAACUAAAUAAUUAAAUAAACAGUAAGAUUAAUG